AAGCCUAUCGAAAGGGGGAGAUUUCCUGGUAACGGGUCUCAGCGGAUUCAUUUAUCACUACGGACUCAGCCCAACGUCCUCACUUCCACUGAUGCCAAUGACCAUCGUUACAGGCUGGCAGCACGUCGCCCAAAAAAUUACUGGAAAUUGAUAACAGGCUACCUUAUUGAGGCCGCAUCCUGCGGUAUUUUAAAUUCGUCAGGGAAAAACCCUCAAAUAGGAUUAUUUAAAUCGAUCGUCAUAUCUUUCCUUUCUUUCCGCGCUGCGGGUGCGGCAACACCCUUCUUUGUAGCAAUAUUGCUGGCUUGCACUCCUCCCCCGCCCCUUCUUCCCUUCUCCUCUCCCGGUAUUCCUUCCUUCCCGGGAGAGGCUGGGUGGACCGUCGGGGCUAUGGAUGAUGCGGGUGAGAUGAGGAAGACGUCCACUGUGCCGGAGAUAAAACCGUUGGAUCAGUACGACUUCAACCGAGCGAAGGUGUGUGCGAGCGUCCGGUGGCUACUUGCGAAGUCUUACGGUUCGGCAGAGAAUGUCCCAGUUGAGCUACGGGAUCCUCUGUAUAGAGACCAGUAUAACCAGGAACAUCUAAAGCCCUCCGUCUCCAAGCUACUACUGUCCCCAGAGCUGUACUGCAGGACCCACGCCCUGCUCCAUGGGGCCUCCCAACCCGCUGCCCAGGGGCCCCCGGGGGACAACAGCGCUCUGCUACAGCUUCUUACCAAGAGAGGCCUUUUGCCCUGGGGUCAGGAUGGAGCCGUCACAGAGAGCGACCUGGUUCACACGCCCAUCAAGACGACAGCUCACUUGGUCCUGAUUGAUGCGCUGAUGUCACUAGCUGCCAUGGAGACGGUGGGCAAGGUUAAGAUGGCGGCAGAGGCGGACCAUAUGGGGGGCGGAGCUCCGUGGGAGAAUGCCCUCCUCUUCUGGGUCAACCGGUUGAAUCAGAAGCUGAGAGAAAGCACAGAGGAACAGGACGCACCUGAAGCUCCUACCUGCACAGACCUGCAGCCUGUUCAGCCAGCCUGUCCCAACCGCUGGUACUGGAAACUGGUCCCACAUGCCAUCGCUUUUUGUUUGAAGGAGUCUGGGAAUAAACCUCCAGUGAUCCGCUAUAGAAAGGAUAAGGUUCAGUCCAAGCAGACUCCAACCUUUCCUCUGGUGUCAGGAGUGAAGGAUCUGUCUAAUGGUUGUGCAAUAGCUGCCGUUCUUCACUACUACUGCCCUGAGCUGCUGCCGCUGGAGGAUGUCUGUCUGAAGGACACCAUGUCGGUGGCAGACAGCCUCUAUAACCUGCAGAUGAUUAAAGACUUCUGUGAGACCAGCCUGCAGAGCUGCUGCCCCCUAGCCCUGGAGGACCUGCUCUACGCCCCGCCCACACUGCACGUGAACAUCAUGACCUUCGUAUCUGACCUGUUGGGAUGGUUUGAGGUGCAGAAACCCGACUUUGUCAAGCCUUUGCAGCCAAUUGACCUGACAGAUGCCUCAGGUUUAUUGGACUGCACCAGUCCUGUCAGUGGAAACAGCAACAGCGGAUCGCCUUCUUUUAUCUUCAAACAGCCGUUUGUCCCAAUAUCCUCACCUAUGUCACCUGAGGGAAACAUGUGGACCAAGAAACAAAUCAGUCGUCCUCUCUCGGCUGUGACCUUCAGUAUUCCAUUCGGUCUGGACAGUGACGUGGAUGUCGUCAUGGGCAACCCUGUGCGUUCCGCCAGCUCUGACAGCCUGACCGCCGGCGUCCCGGCCACGAUGACCUCAUCGGGCAUGAAGUCAUCGGGGAUGACACGGGUUCCCUACAGCCCCCCCGAGGACCUGAGUCACCUUGUCAGCUCCUCUGCCCCGAAGCACUCCUCCUGGGGCCCACAUGCGCACUCACACACACCUCCCCUUGGCGAGCUGCCGACCAUCGAGGAGGCCCUGCAGGUCAGCCAUGCUCCUGGAGGAGGGAAAGGAGGAGCAGAAAGAGGAGGAGGAGGAGGGAAAGGAGAGCGGGGAGGGGAGAAAAAAGCAGUAAAGAGGCCAGAGCCCCGCCUGCGUCCGGAAGGUGCUCCCGCUGGUUUCUUCCUUCAUUCUCCUGAAGACAACCUCACCCAGCUGAGCAGCUCCGCCCCCUGUCAUACCGGAAUGCUUUACCGGCCAAUAAGAGUGGACGGGGGUGAGGGGAAGAGACCGAGAGGGGGAGACGGGGAGAAGGGAGAGAUGGAUGAUAGGGGGAGACGUUCCUCGAAGGGCUCAAGAGACGACGACUCGGUCCUCCGCGACGGGAGCAUGGAUUCCUCUGAAGCCUCCGACGACGCCCCUAGAAAUGCCCCUGGCAACGUCCGCCCCGCCCAUGGUCGUCAAGGAAACGGAAGCGUCAACAACACUGGUGGUGGCAGCCCGCGAAUGACGAGUUUUGCGGAGCGCCGGGACAGACGCAGGCAAUCCGGCAUGCCGGGGGAGGAGUCCGUCACCAACCCCGCGACCCCUGCCCUCAGCGGCCCCAACCCAGGGACCCCCACCCUCCACGCCUCCUCCAACCCAGGGACCCCCACCCUCCACGCCUCCUCCAACCCGGGGACCCCUGGCCGCCAGGCCAGCCCAGGUGGGAGGCACCCUGAGCCGGGUACAGAGGCCUGGGAGCUGGGCGUUCGCCUGGAAGAGAAACGCAGAGCCAUCGAGGCCCAGAAGAGACGCAUAGAGGCCAUAUUCACCAGGCACAGGCAGAGGCUGGGCAAGACAGCCUUCCUGCAGCUGAAGAGAGAGCAGGGAGAAGGGGGAGGGGAGGGAGAAGAGGACCCCAUACCUCUGGAGGAGCGCCUCACACGCAUGGAGGAGCAGCUGAAAGAGGAGGAGGAGAAGGAGGAGAGGGAGAAAGGGAAGGAGAAAGCGGAAGAAGGGAGCUCCCGCCUCCUGCCACGGUUGGAGAAGCAGGUGACUUUCUCCGUGGAUACGAGGAAAGGGGCGGGGAACGUGGAGGUUCCUGAGCAGGGUGGAGGGGCUGUCCUGGGGGAGUGCAACGAGGUGGUGCUGAAGCUGACGGAGGCUCUGAGGUCACUACAGGACGACAUGCAGAAACUGACACGGCAACAACAACAGCUGAUGGGUCAGAGGACCACACCCAAAACCACACCUAAAACCACACCCAGAACACCACCCAAGACGCCCAACAAAUGUCUCACCCCGACCAAGAGUCCAACUCGGACCCCGACUAAAAGUCCCACCCCGACUCCGACCAAGAGCCUCAGUAAGGCCUGGAUGAUCCCCGCGGGUGUCAAACCCUCCUCCCCCGCUAACAACGGCUCCCGCAAAGGCCACGCCCACUUAUCCUCCACUCCUCCCAAAACGCCUAUGUCCUCCUCCUGCCCUGCCCCUCGCACCAAGAUCCACUCCUCCUCGUCCUCUGCCCCCCGUAGCCCCAAACACCACCCGCGGACCUCCCACCCCCACCCCCGCCCCUCAGAGCUCAAGUUCCCCCCUUCGACCCGUGUUCUCACCCCCGCCCAGCACGUGGACUCCCUGCCCCACCUAAGACGGGUGUCCCCCAGCCAGUGUCAGGUGCAGACCGCCUCCUCCUUCCGUAUCGGCAGCCCCCGGACCCCCAAGGACCCCCCGCCCGCCCCAGUGCCGCGGCCGGAGGAGAGUGCCUCGGACACGGGUUCUGGCGAGACACCCACCCAGUUCAGCCUGGAGCUGGAGGAGCUGGAGGGAGGAGGGGGAGGCCUGCCCGUGUUUCCCCAGAACAAGAGAGGUCCUCCUGGGGGAGGCGGCAGCAGCUCCGGUGCCCCCUCAGAGUGCUCCUUUGAGAGCGAGACGCUAUCACUGUCAGCCGCGUACUGCGGAGGAGGAAUGGAGGCUGGGGGAAGUGGAGCAGGAGGAAGAACAGGAGGAGAAGCAGGAGGAAAGCGCUGCAGUCUGAUGGAGGUGUCGUUGUCAUCCCUGGGAGGACCAGAGGGGGGCAGCGACGAGCCAACUGACACAGAAGGACAGGAGUUCUUCUCUGACUCCAUGAGCGACCACACAGAACCAACUUCGGGAGAACCAAUGGAACCUUCCGAUUCUUUGGAACCCAUAGUAGAACCCAGAGUAACUGCUGUGGAACCCAGAGUAAAAAUGACACAGAACACAGAACUCUUGGAGCACACGAUGGAACCCGUGGAGCAGACCGACCUGGAGGGAAAAGGGGGGUUGGGUUUCUUCUUCAAGGAGGAUGUGCGUUGUGAAGAUGAGAUGGCUCAGCGGAGAGCUGCUCUGUUGGAACGACAGCAGAAAAGAACAGAGGAACUGAAGAAAAGAUAUGAAAAUGACAGAGAGAGCCGACCACGAUCUGCUGAGGAGCUGAGAGGCUGUCUCCCCCACACUCCUCCCACCUCCUGUACCCCUGCCCCUGCCGCUGGCGUCCCCUCCCUCACUCCCCCAAGCACGCCUGGUCGUCGGGGUGAUUUCACCCGGAGGGAAUACGCCCAUCGGCAGCAGAUACGCAUCAUGGCCGAUCUGGAGAAGGUGCUACAACAGAAGCACAACAAUCAGGGACGGGGCUCCAUAAAGAAGCCUCGCCCGCGACCUCAGAGUGUGACCCGUGAGGAGUCACAGCUGUCCCGCAGCCCGGCCAAGGGCCCUAUGGGUUCUAAGUUAACUAAGGUGUACUCUCAUUCCUCUCUUAACUUGGCUGCUACGACUGAUGAUUCAGGAAACAUGGCCCCGGACCAGACGGCCCCGGACCAGACGGCCCCGGACCAGACGGCCCCGGACCAGACGGCCCCGGACCAGGCGGCCCCCGACCAGGCGGCCCCCGACCAGGCGGCCCCCGACCAGGCGGCCCCGGACCAGGUAGCCCCUGACAACAAUGUUCCUGACAAAAGCAUCACUCGCCCAAGCAACAAACCAAGCCAACCCGAUUCGCCCUGCCGUCUGAUGUCACCAAGCCGGCUGGUCAAUCAGAAUGGGGAUAAGGACUGGGAGAAUGAAUCCAAUGGCUCCUCCCCAUCCAUCCCAGAAUACACCGGGCCGAAACUGUUCAAAGAGCCGAGCUUCAAGUCUAAUAAGUACAUCAUCCACAAUGCGUUGUCUCGCUGCUGUCUGGCAGGGAAAGUCAACGAGACACAGAAGAACAAGAUAAUGGAGGAGAUGGAAAAGAGUCCAGCCAACCACUUCCUGAUUCUGUUCCGGGAUUCCAACUGUCAGUUCCGAGCCGUCUACACCAUGAGCCCCGAGGCCGACGAGCUGGUCCGGCUGGCGGGGGUGGGCCCGCGGGUCAUAAGCCCCGCCCUCGUGGAGUCCAUCUACAAGUACAGCUCUGACAGGAAACAGUUCAGCUGCAUCCCGUCCAAGACCCUGUCGAUGAGCGUGGACGCGUUCACCUUACCGGGUCACCUGUGGCACGGCAAGAGACCCAGCACGCCCAAGAAGUCCGGCACCCCGAAAUGAAGAACCGGAAACAUGGGGAAACCGAUGAACACACACCUAUCACCUGUCGUCCUGCAUGGGACACAAUGUCCUUUUCUCCCUCAAAUCUCCUGGGACUUACUGACUAGUCAGGUUUCCUCUUUGCAUGGACCUUUUACAGUCCAACUGUCUGCCCUGAUAGAUGAAUUUGUCAUGUGCAGGGGGGCGGGGCAGGGGGGCGGGGCAGGGCAGGGCAGGGGGGCGGUGCAUGACACAGGAAACACACUUUUUACUCAAAACAUUUUCUCUGGUCAUGCGGUUCUUCUGUGAGACUGAGGUACAUAUUUAUGUUUCUUUGUCUACAAGCCUUUAGCCUUAAUGUGCUGAUCUCAUUGGUUCUAGCUGAAAGGUUAGAGGUGAUGCUUAUCGCCAUUGUUUCUGUUGACUGAAGUCUUCUCUUUAAACAGCAGGAUAUGUGUUUCAUAAAACAGACAGGAUUCUUCUAUUACCUUCUGCCCAGCAGAUGCAGGACAAUUAUUUUCAAAGGCAGACUUUUAUUACCCUGCGAACGGAUCAUUCAAACAUAGAACAGGAGAUAUUUGACUUCUCUGAAGACUUGGAAAAAGACAUGGCUAUACUUUACAGUUAAGUCCCAAGAGUAGAGGAUAAAAAUGUCACCAGACGUUUUUGUCUGUAAAGGAAAUAGCACAAAAUCAAAGACUGUAUAUAGUUGAGUUGUAUGAGCGAUUGUUGGCGGACUAAAUCGUUUUCUCUGACCGUUUUGUAUAAAGACACCACAGUAUGGAAAAGGACUGGGGUUGUCAGCCAUUCGAAAUGAGACCCUAAAUGUUAAUUGGCUAAAAGGUCAGACGUCAGGGGUGUGUGUUAUCAUUGGACAGAAGCUCACGAGAAGUACAAACAGGCUCUCGGAUGUUCAACUUUGUCAUUUCCUGCACCUCCUGUAGAAAUAAAAGCUCCAAACUAUG